GAGUUUGAUGCUGCAAAUGUUACACAAAAUGAGACUACUAUUCAUGAGCAUUCCUAUGCUCUGCCAGAAUCCCACCCAGGGCAUCCUUGAAGACUUGGAGAGCAUUUUUUAUGUCAUCCUGGAUGCAGUGUGGCCUCAAGGCAUUGAGAGAGACAAAGUCACUGGCUUCAAUUUUGCAGAAGGUAGAACUAUUGUACUUUUCAGGUUUGCAUUGUUUCAGGCACAGGAAUCUUACCUGAAAGAUUUUUGCAUUGAACAACCUAGCGCUAGGCUGAAAAAGCUCCUUAAUGCUAUGUUCCAGUUCUUAUUUGAGUCAGAAAACCAGGUCAUUAACUACCAGCUCUGGUCAGACAACAGAUUUGUUUAACAUGCCAGCUGGGAUGCUGCUCUUGGGUUUAUGCAUCCCAAGACAAUCAAGAUCCUCCAAGGACCUAUUGGCCAACUUAAGCAACCAGUCAAGGAUGAGGAU